UGAUGUGAUGCUUCUUUAUGCAAAUGUCUGCCUGCCAGGCUUUACUGCCCUCUUGAAAAAACAAAAGUUUGUCCAGUGCAAUGAAUCCUCAGAAAUCCCAGCUUGGAUAUUGGAGCUGAAAUCAAUAUGCACAUCUAGGCAGAGAGCAGAUAGUGGUUUCAGGGGGGAGCAUGUUGUUUUCUGCAGAGAGUAAUGGAAAACAUGCUGGCAUGAGCUAUACUCAGUGUUGGUGUGUCAUGAGAGUUCAUUAAAUAUGGAAAAGGCCUUUUCACUUGCUUUACUCUCACCUGUGAUAAUCUUCUGCUUCAGUGAAGACAGAGCAAUGGCCUUGUUGUAUUACGGUGUAAUUAGAACACACACAGGCGUGCACAUGCUUUGUACACUGUAGUUGCCGUUUGCCUGACUGUAUUUGUAUAUGCUUUUGUGUGUGUGUGUGUGUGUGUGUGUGUGUGUGUGCUUACACAGUAUACAGUCUAUACUGUAAUCAUGACUCUGCCUUGAGCUCAGGACAGGACAGACUUUUGCUGUGGUUAACCACAUACUGUACUGAAGGGCUUAUUUUUAUUUCAUAAAACAUGGUCUUGCUUAAACAGUGUGUACCCCCCAUUUUAAUGAAAAGUCUAAUCAUUACCCUUUCUAACAGUGGCUAAUCUUAAAAGAAAAUAAAAGCCCUGCAAUCAGCAUUUCCAGUAAUCUGGCUCCCUCAACUAAAGGCUACAUCAAUGCUCAGUAGAAGAUCACAUCAAGGGGUUUUCAAGGAGAGGCAGCUUCACGUCCAUAAAUUGUCUCUGUGAUCAAGCGGACUGUAUAAUCCUCCUCCCAAAAGACAUGGGAGUGUACACGUCUUGUUUCUUUACAAAAUCACAACUCGCAACUGUGUGUGUUGAUUUUUCAUGUGUAUUUUUAGACACUCUUGACGAACCAGAUACAGUUUUCCUCAAAUCCUGAACAUAGGAGUGUCCAGUCUUCACUUUUAACUCGACAGAAAAACACUCUUCUCUUUGUUAAGCCACAUUUUGAAGAUCGUAAUGAUUGUAACAUAGUGAAGCGCUAGCAGUGUAAUACUCUACCACAUACUUGGAGAAAAGCAUAUAUAGAGAUGCUAGAUUUGAAAACCACCCUGCCUGCGACUGAAAGCCUCCAUAUGUUACACCAUGUUCUACAUCUGCCCUUCCUACAUGAGAUAAAAUGGAAAUGUCAAACGCCCAGUAGUUAUGGGUUAGUUAGUGAAUGUAUAGGGGUCUGUGGCCUCUACCAGCUUUACUUAGCAGAGGCUGCUCCGUGCAUAUGCACUGAUUCCAUAUGGCUGAUCUGUAAUUACGGCAAAUGAGAGAGUCUCUGCAGCAACGUCCCAUUUAAAGACAGCACCCAACCUGCCAUGGUCAACAUGGUUCAAUCUAGGGAGGUAAUGCAGACCAGUGGUUAGAGCAUAUUUAUAACUUGGGCUAAGAAAAAGGAAAGAAAGGAACACAUAGACAAAGAAGCUUAGGAGAGUUAAUACAGUAGGAACCAUGUAUGUAGAGAGUUUCAUGAACGAUCAUUUGCAUUCAUAGUAUUUAUUGGCAGGUAAAACAUAAAGGACAACCAAAAUGCAACAAACAAACAAAUACACAAAUAGAAAGAGGCAAAUCAAAUCAAAUUUUAGAUCAAAACUGCAGUUUGAAAAAAUUGCAAAUUGCAAAGGCCACAAUUGAAUUAUUCUACUUUAGAUUGUUCUAUGCUCUGUGUCAGUUUAAAUACGUAACAUAAGAGUAAGAAACAAUUGAUGUUUCUUCACCCGUAUACUUUAAUUUAUUAAGUUCUCAUUCUUGCUUUAGAGUAUAGUAGUAAAUAUUUUGUGAUAUCGCAGUAAAUAUGGAGCUAGAGCUUGACUUCAUAAUCAAAUUGUGAUGAUUAGCAGUCAUUUUAGAGAAGAUCUCAGCAGCAGCUGGUGGCUGCCAUUCCUCCACCAUGCUGAUGUCAUCUAUAGGAGUCUCCUUUCUCCUGCCCUGUGCUCCCUCCUCGUCUCCAUCUUUUUUCUUUUUUUUUUGUCUGGAUGUCUGAGCAAGUGAGGGCUUGUGGUGGGAGGUGAGUGGAUUGGCUGCAGCUCCUCUGACUGCGGGAUCAGAGCAGGGAGAGUGAGAGGAGCAGUGCUUUCAGAGCCGGUUUCAGAGCUCUGAUCCCUGAAGAAAGGCACUUUCCUGUUGGUUGUUCUAUUGAUGCAUCAUAACCAUAAAGGGAAUGGAAUAUGGAGAUUGACAAACAUCAGCAAAGUAAAGACUCUGUAUUCUUCCGCGAUGGGUUACGUAGGAUAGAUUUUGUCCUGUCCUACGUCGAUGACAAAGACGGCGAGAAGAAACUGGAGAGGAGGAAGUAUUAUGAGGACAAUUUGGUAAAGGUUGGUCUGGAGCUUGAGACAGAAGAUAAAUCGGAGUCAGAGGAUGGAAAGACUUAUUUUGUGAAGGUCCACGCGCCAUGGGAAGUGUUGGCCACCUACGCAGACGUACUGAAGAUCAAGGUUCCGUUCAAGGUCAACGACAUCCCCGACAACAGCGAGAUGCCCAUGAACUGGCUGUCCACCCCCUUUCGUCUGCCGGAGCAGAUCAUGCAUCCUGAGCCAGACUUUUUCACAGCUCCUUUCAACAAGAGCAAGUCUGACUUCUUCCUCAUCGAUGACAAAGACACAUUCUUUCCACCAUCCACUCGCAACAGGAUAGUCUACUAUAUCCUUUCCCGCUGUUCAUACUUGAGGGAUGAAUGUGCAGAUAAAGACAAGAAGGGAAUCAAGAGGUUACUCAACAAUGGCACCUACACUGCUGCCUUUCCCCUGCAUGAUUGUCGAUACUGGACAAAAUCGAAGGAUCCCAACUGUGAAAGUGAGAGAAACAAUCUCUACAAACACUGGGCAGGAUUUAUCUCUUUCUUCAAGGAGCAGCCCCUCAAUCUCAUCAGGAAGUAUUAUGGGGAAAAGAUUGGCAUUUAUUUUGCGUGGCUAGGUUUCUACACGGAGAUGCUUUUGUUUGCUGCAGUUGUGGGGACAAUUUGUUUCAUCUACGGACUCCUCACUUACGACGACAAUGAGUGGAGUAAAGAAAUAUGUAGUGAGGAGAUUGGAGGCCAUAUUGUCAUGUGUCCACUGUGUGAUAAGAAAUGUGGCUACUGGAAACUCAACACAACGUGCCACUCCUCAUGGCAAUCACACCUGUUUGACAAUGUGGGAACGGUGUUCUUUGCCAUAUUCAUGGGGAUUUGGGUGACUCUAUUUCUGGAGUUCUGGAAGAGACGGCAGGCCCGACUCGAGUACGAGUGGGAUCUGGUGGACUUUGAGGAGGAGCAACAGCAGCUGCAGCUUCGGCCCGAGUAUGAGACCAAGUGCACCAACCGCAAGAUGAACCGCAUCACGCAGGAAUCAGAGUGGGUUCUUAACAGGACUGCUACAGACAUAAUGGGGAAAUUGUGUCUGUGCUGGGCCACCGUGAUGCUCUGGAUCUCAUUGAUCAUUGCCUGCAUCAUUGGGGUGAUAGCGUACCGCCUGGCAGUGUACGCGGCCUUUGCCAGCAUCAUGAAGGACAGCCCCACCACCAAGGUGCAGGUGGUCGGCGCCUAUAUCACGCCACAGCUGGCCACCUCUGUCACCGCCUCCUGCAUCAACUUUGUCAUCAUCAUGAUCCUCAACCUCAUGUAUGAGAGAGUGGCUGUUUGGAUCACUGACAUGGAGAUUCCAAAGACACACCUGGAGUAUGAGAACAAACUGACAGUGAAGAUGUUCCUCUUCCAGUUCGUCAACUACUACUCCUCCUGCUUCUACGUGGCCUUCUUUAAGGGCAAGUUUGUUGGCUAUCCUGGAAAUUAUGCUUAUAUGUUUGGCGAGUGGAGCCAACUGAGGAACGAAGAGUGUGACCCUGGUGGCUGCCUGAUUGAGUUGACCACGCAGCUGGUGAUAGUGAUGACUGGUAAACAGGUGUGGGGCAACAUACAGGAGGCACUGGUCCCGUGGCUGAUGAACUGGUGGGGCAGCAGGAGGUCACGAAACCACCCAGAAAGUCUUUACAGCCGCUGGGAGCAGGACCAUGAUCUGCAGAGCUUCGGACAGUUGGGUCUCUUUGACGAGUACCUGGAAAUGGUUAUCCAGUUUGGUUUCAUCACACUGUUUGUUGCCUCCUUCCCGCUGGCGCCACUGCUGGCACUUAUCAACAACAUCAUUGAGGUGAGAGUGGAUGCCUGGAAGCUCACCACUCAGUUCAGACGUCCAGUGGCAGCCAAGGCCCACAGCAUCGGAGCCUGGGAGGAAAUCCUCAGUGGGAUAGCGGUCCUCUCUGUUGUCACAAAUGCAUUCAUUGUGGCCUUUACCUCGGACAUGAUUCCUCGGCUUGUGUACAUGUACGCGUACAACGCGGAGAAUGAGAUGAAUAUGAAAGGCUACAUCAACAACAGCCUGUCCGUGUUUAAUAUUUCUGGGAUCCCUUUGGAGAACAGACCUGAGGAAGGAGAGAGCCCACUGUGGUUCAACAGCUCCAUCACUACCUGCAGGUAUCGUGAUUACCGCUAUCCCUCUGGCCAUGAGAAGGAAUACUCCCACACCAUGCAGUUUUGGCAUAUUCUGGCUGCCAAACUUGCUUUCAUUAUCAUCAUGGAGCAUGUUGCGUUCAUGGUCAAGUUCUUUGUAGCCUGGAUGAUCCCAGAUGUUCCUUCUGACGUGAGGGCUCGGGUAAAGAGAGAGCGCUACCUGGUUCAGGAGUAUCUUCAUAACUACGAAGUGGAGAAGCUGAAGAUCCAGCUGAGCCAACAAAGCAACAAUGACUGUUCCUGUGAACCCACAAUCUAUCCACAUUUAUCUCGACAUGAGGUGCUGUCCGAGUGUCUCUAGCCCAACUGACAGUCAGCUGGACACGACAGGAUGACACUCUGAUAUAGUUUGCCCUGCUGGUUUAUUAUAACACUGACCAUCACUUUGCUGUAGUGCCUGUGCUGUUUGUGCAGAACACACACAGACAACAUUUCUAAAAGAGCUACGUGGACAUCAUUCUACUAAUCUGCUGAUUGUGGAAGUACACACAGGUAAAAGACCAAGUUUCCUUGCAUGCUGAACGCUGUCUCAUACUUAUAGCUUGUCAUUCUCUGUGUUGUAGUUAAAGGUAAUAAAUAUAUGAGGAUACAUUCGCUGCAAGGAAAGAAAGAAAACACCAAAUAACUUUACCGGUCUUCUUAUGACUGGAUGCCUUAUUUUGAAACCCAUUUACCACUGAUAUCAUUUAUCUGCUGGUGAAAUAACUUUAGGUUUGAAAAUGUGUUUGUAUGUUCAGCCAUAUGAAGGGUUCAACUGUCAUUUACAGUAAGUUCUACUUGGUUUAUUUUUGUUUUUACUUUAAAAAAUGCGACUUUUGUCUACUGUGGUCAUCACAAGAAUGCCUCACACUUUUACCAAAUAAUUUUUCAGGAUAGACUGGCAGUUGAAAGGCCUGGUCUCCUUUUGCUGUGAUCUUUUAACAGCCCAACAGUAGCUCUGAACGUUACUUGACAUGUGAAGUAGGUUUUGAUGAAGACAAAUGUGUGCUGCUGUUAUUACUGUGAGUAAGGGCAGAUCGUGUCCUGCAAGGGCCAGUUGUGGAGCAGUCGUAGCAGCAGCAGCUGUUCACUGUUGACAGUGAGUUUGUGUGUCUGGAGAGAGAAGCAAAAGCUCAGAGAGAGAGUGAAGAGAUCCCUUUUUAAUGUGCCUCUGUUUACCAACAGAUUGGAGCUAAUGAAAGCCUGCCCCCCUGUCUACUCAGCUAUGUUUGCUUCUAAACACAAAGCACAUCAGCCAUCGUCUAGUUCUUGUGCCUCUGGUUUCCUCUCUAUAGUGAAGGAAAGAUACACUUUUUUUUGCACAAAGCACUUAAAAAAACUCACUCCUAAGUGUCUUUGUUGUCCUGAGACAAUCUGUCGAAAUAUUUUUAUUUAACUGCAACUGUAAUAGUUUUACUGUUGUAAGUUUGUUAGUAGGUAGUAAGUUGUAAGUUGUAAGUUUCGCCUUCUGAUUUUAUUUAUAUCAAAGUUGAAUGCCAACCUAACUUCUUCUUCUUUUUUUUUUUUAAACUAAAUAAAAUAUAUAUGUCAUAUUUAUUAGGCUGCACACACAUUCAAGUAUGGAGAAGAUUUUAAGUAUUUGAAUUUAAAUGUAAAGUAGCCAAAUGGCUGUGCUUUAAAUAAACUCAGGCAUCUAAAUUGUGUUUGUUUGAUGUAUGCAGUAUAUGAAACCACUGUAGCUGAGAGCAAUGUUGGACAGUUAUUGUUUGCCUUUUGUUUCCAUGCCGUGCACUUUGCUAAAAUACAAAUGCCUGUUGAUGCCUUAAUAAAUCCGGUAAGUCCAUUUUCUAUUGAACUUCUUUAAAUUCACUUUUUCUCAUGUCUAUGUUACUAUCACCAUAAAUGAAAAGGGUGAACCUGUUUACUGUAUGCUUUAAACCUAUACAUUUAAUGUUAUCAUUUGUUUUUCAGUAAUUCUUUUGUAACGUCCCAUAUAAUAUUGUGUAAUGUAACAAAGACAAAAUAAAGAACUUGUUCAACUUCA